AUGCCCUUCUCCUGCCUUCCUGGAGCCCCCAGACCCUCCAGAGAGCACGCCCUCUCCUCCUCCCCCACCCUCACUCCAGAAAAUGGUGUCCAGGGCCAAGGGAGCUUCUCCGCUGACCCACCUUCUCGUCCAGCCUCACCCACGGCCGAGGGCAAACGCCAAAGGAAGCUGGUGCCUCCGGGACACUGGGGUACCGAUUCUCGCGUCAUCUUGGGGGGCUGGCUGAGCAGGGCUGAGUUCAUAGAGCCGGGGAAGGCCCUCAUGAGGGCAGGGGCUCUGGACCCCAUCUUGUCUCUGGUCCCAUCGGCUCUGGGCUGGUCCCUGCAGAGUGGAGGCCAGUGGGCGGCUCUCUAA